AACACAGGUCCAUCUCCCUAUUGGUGAAUGAUUGAAUGCAGCCACCCGGGCUGCUCGCCUUCCGAUCCCUGGCAUGUGCGUGAUCGACAUGGGUCGUUGUCAGCUUUGAGCAUGGCCAGUGUUGUCGAAGCGUUGGUGGGUGACGUCUUGGGCUAGAACCAGCAUUGCGCCUCACCGUCAUCUAGCAGGUGUGUCACACCGACUGCGUGCCACCUCACCCCCUCCUUAAUCAGCCAGGCUUGCCGGUAAUUCUACAUAUAUCUGCAAGCAGCUUCCCUGGAGAACAUGAAGGAUAGUACUUCUCUUUGUCCGAUCUCAGCGUCUGCCAAAUCUCUCAGCAAACCCGGACCUUUCACAGUAACAAUAUGGAGACACUUUAUACAAUUAUUUUACAUCGCAAGGAGGGUUUGAACGAGCUCAAGGGCAACAGAGAACGUCAACAAUCAGGUCAACUGGUCCCUGACAAAGACAAGAUUGGAGCUCCGAAAGAUAUCGAGAUCGCCAUAGAAGACCCUGACGGUCAGGUUUUCGAGAAAGCAUCACUCGUUUUCUCUGUGAUUGAGGUUAUUCCUCGUGAUGGCGAACCGCUACAUCGGAACUACGUCAGCAAAAAUGGAUUGCCUUCAACACAUCCCCUCCCGAAUUACACGAUUGAAGAUCCAAAGGCCGUCUUCGAGGCUCUCGUGGCCAGGUCGGAAACCCACGCACUCCCAUGGGCGAAGUCCUCACAUGGAUCGUAUCCCAUGAAGAUCUUUGUGAAGUUACAUGAGGAGAAAAGAACCAAGUACCACGACCGCUUGCCGCUCCUGGUGGAGUACGAUUUUGGAACCCACUUCAAGACUGGGUCUGGAUUCAUUAUCAGCGAAGAGAAGCUCGGGAUCCAGCCCUUGCCGUGGGAUGCAGAAAGACUUGCCGGCAAAUGUCCCACACCUCGACUUGCUACGGGCGCAGUAGAUAAAAUCGAGGACGGCCGCAUGGAGGAACUACUCAAGAAAGUUCGCGACCUCUUUUGGGAGAUCCUUCUGGAUCGUAGCGCGAUGGGUCUAUAUCUCGCGAACCUCAUAGUAGUUGGCUGGGCAUACAGAUCGGAAGUGGUACUGAAGGAUAGGAACCGACGCGCACGCGAGAAAGGUCAAGAGGCAAUCCCGAAGCAGUCAUGGGUUGGCGCCAUCGAGGAGAGUAUGGAAGUGGCCAUCAAUUUAUUGAUGCUUAAGGCCAAGAUGCAAAACAUCACAAGAGCGGAUAUGAUCAAAGACAAAGAGGUCGGCGAAGACCGUGUGAUUGGACUCGAAAAGUGGGUGGGUGAGAAGGACUGGGCGGAGGACCACGCUUGGAAAGUUCCCUCUUGUGAAGAGAUAUGGGGGGGCCUUGUUCCUUCCAUGAUUACACCCACUGGCUCAGUCGAAACGCUCAGCAUGCCUUCCACGGGCUGUUCCGACUGGAACUUCUUCAACAAGGCAAGCUCAUAG